AAACUUACCAGCCUUUUCCCAACAGCACAAACAACAUGAAAUCUACAACAAUAAGCAGAACAUGGAAGAUGCUUUUUUUGCUCUUUGUGUUUCUCUUGACUAGAGCUCAUGGACAGAAUACUUCCUGCUCUUCCUCUGAAUUCUCUUUUAAGAUGUUCAACAAAAAACUUCAGGAUAUGAAAAAUUGUUUGGAAACUGUAUCUGAUAAAUGGGAAACAAAUCAAACCGCAAACAUUUUUAAUCAACUACAAAUGCUGACUGAUAUCAUCCAGAAGCAACAAAACAAAGAGUUAUGGAGCUUACUGCCAGCAAACUGCACAGCUCCAACAGUGCCCAAGGAUGGAGGACUGCUGUGUGUAUCUGUGAUGGAUAAUACUAAGAUCUACUGUAAACCUAUGUGCAAUGCAGGUUAUGAUUUCAGCUUUUUAAGAAGAUCACGGCUGUUCGAGGAAUGCAGUGCUACCACACAACACAAAUGGACAACACAGUAUAUUGGUGGCAACAGGCUGGCUAUAUGCAACAAGUCCAACGUUGAGGUAUCAGGAGCCCCCUCUGCCUACUUCCCUGAGAACCAUGACUGUCACAAAAUAAAGAGCCAUGAACUACUGGGGAAUAUAACAAACAUCUUCCAAUCAGAGCUGAAAAUGGCAGGGAUCUCCAAAGGCAUUCUGAAGGCAUUCGGCCUUCUCUGCGGCUAGAACAAAAAGAUUCAAGGAGCUCUAAGAAGUGUUCAGGACUGGCUUUGUGCUGGGUAUAAAAUUAGAAAGUUUUUUUGGGGGCAUUGAAUGUAAAGCAUGAUUCAUGGAAGUGCAAAAACUUAAGUAAAAAAUGUAAACUGUAGAAAUAACACUUAAGGAAAUUAGAACAUAGUGGUGUGAUGAAGAAACAUUAAUAAACAUGUUGUGAAUAAUGUG